CCGGGGCGGGGCCGCGCGCAGGCGCAGUGGCAGGCGUGAGCGGGAAGAUGGCUGCGGCGGGCGGAGGCCGGCCGGAGGACGCGUUCACCGUGCUGGAGCUGUCCGAGUACGCCAAGAGCCGGCCGUGGUGGCGCAGGGUGUUCGCGCCCGGCUCGGGGUCGAGCGCGGAGAAGUACAACGUGGCCACGCAGCUGGUCAUCGGCGGCGUCACCGGCUGGUGCACCGGCUUCAUCUUCCAGAAAGUUGGAAAGCUGGCAGCAACGGCGGUGGGAGGUGGCUUCUUCCUGCUUCAGAUCGCAAACCACACAGGAUACAUCAAAGUGGACUGGAAGCUAGUAGAACGGGAUGUGAACAAAGCCAAGCAGCAGCUGAAGUUUCACAGCAGCGGUAACAAAAUGUCUCCAGAAGUGAAAAGCAGAGUGGAUGAGGUGAUCAUAUUUCUGAAGAAGAACGUUAUCCUGACUGGAGGGUUUGCUGGAGGAUUUCUGCUUGGAAUGGCUUCCUAGGAACUACAGUUGACUCUCCCUUCGUGCCCAGCCUCCCUUGCCCUCCUCUCCUUCCCGUUCCUUUUAACGUAAAAGUCAGUGGAUGUUUCCAACAGGCUCAGCCCCCUGCUCACAGGUUCCAGCCCUUAUUUCUUACAACGCUGCUCCAGACUUCCAGCUUUUACCUGUCUGGGCUGUCUGGGUGCUGGGACUGGCCUGAAAGUUUUUGACUUCCAAUGCAUCAUUGUGAUUUCUUUCCCCUCCAAAUACACCCAGUCCCAAGUUCUCAGAUGACUUGCAGCCUCAUAAACAUGUGGUGGCAGAGAAAUCUCUUAAACGUGCUUCUUUUCAGGUGUCCAGGACCUGUGCAUUUGUCUGCCAGUACAUGUGUACAACAGCUGCCAGCUGUUGACUGCUAUUUAGCUUGCACUUUCUUCGCUCCGGUACCUGGAAAGCCUGUGCCUCCCUCUGUGCAGAGCUGGGUGUGAAAUGCAGAUAUUCCUGCGUGUCCUGGAGUGGCUGCAGAGGUGUCGGGGGCAGCUUGGGCUGUGUGGGUAAGGAGCACGUUCAUGCUGUGUGUGGUGGUGGGGGUUCUGCCCUCCCCCUGCCCUGCACGUGGGUGGCUGUUUGGCUCCUCGCCUGCCGUUAUUUAUAGCCCUUACUGGAAGUGCAGCUCUGGCACUGCAGAUGGAAACUGAGCACCACGGGUGGCUCCAGACUCUCUCCUUAUCCUGUGUUCUGAAAGUAGAGCUCCUUUCUCGCUUGCUGGCUGUCAGCCUUGUGCUGAGGCGCCCUCGUGGUGAGCAGGCUCGCGGGGUGCUCGCCCUGUCCGUGUCAGCCUGCCUGCCGUGGGCGGCGUUUCAGCAGUGCCGCUCUCUGCAAAGCACCUUGGGGCUCAGAGUGGUCUUUGUAAGCCUGCCGUGGCCUUCUCUGGCCACCUUGGAGUUGGUGGUGCUCUUACAGACGUAACCACGUGGGACGGGAUUGUAGAUGGCAAGUGUUCAGGGGACGUUGUGCUGGUCCAGGAUCCCUGUGGCCAGCUCCAUUGUGGUGUGUCUGGGGAGGAAAGAGAAGGUGAAACCUGAUUAGAACUACUUUGAGCACAGUCCCCUCCCUGUUGCUGCAGGGUGCAAACUCCAGCUCCCUGAUCUCUUUAAGCAGCUGGACUCUUCAGUGCUUCCAGCAUCUGCCUGCACCCUGGUGGCUGCCGUGGUCGGGGGGCCAGCUGCCUUCCUGCAGCAGCUUCCGGGACUCGCAGAAUCCUUUGAAUGCAUUUGGCAACAACUCCCGUUUGUUUCUCCCCCGACCUGAGGCUGUGGUUACGAAGAUGCUAUGCGGAGCAGCUCAGCCUGCCUGCUUAUCUGUCACUCUGCAUACAAAAACAGGGUACUGUAAAUAACAAAAAGGGUGGGGAAAAAAUGGGUGUGCCCUUGUAGGAGUAGAUCAUUUCCAAGCUCUUUGCCUUGGUUUUGUUUCUUCUUUGACUUCACCAUUUCCACAAAAAAAAAAAAACAAAACUGCUUAAUCCCCUUGCUUAUUUCCAACGGCUGUAGCCCUUCUUCUGCAGGUGAUGAGGCAGCCCAGAUGCAGAGCUCAGGUGUUCGUGGGAGGUCUGGCCCGGUGCAGUUGUGUGCAGAGCAGAACUCUAACCUACAAGAAAAAUGAAAAAAAAAGUUAAAAAAAAAAAAAAAAUCUUAGAGGUGUUCUGCAUUGGCUGUGCUUGGUUGGCAUUAGCACUUUCCAGAGUGUGGGGACUUGCAUGGUGUAGGGUGAUGUCCUCCAGCAGGUACACGCAGGUGUUCUUGCCCAGAACGUUGAUGUGAAGCCCACCUUUCAUGGGGAACAUGGUAGAGAAUGGUGAUGCACGUGGGUGCCCAGGACACAGCGCUCAGCAGCUGCACCCCAUCUCCCGUGUCGUGUGAUGCCGUUCUGAACACAGAUUGUUGGCUCUCGGUAUGGGUACAGUGGGGAUUCUUCCUCAAAGAGCUGCUGAAGGGCUGGAGCUAGGGGUUCUGCCACCAGAGGUUUUGGGCUGAGCACAAGGCACUUGUUCGUUUUGUUUCGCUUCCGAUUGAAGUGUCAGCAUGGCAACACUUCGAUUUAGCUGAGGUUUUCUCACCUUCUGGAGAUGAAAAGAGGCUGCAGGUAAUCAGGAAACUUAAGUUGGUGUCCUUGCUCCUGUCCUACCAGGGAGAAUAAAGGAGCAGCUGGGCUCACAUCCUUUUAACGAUGACUUUUAGGAAAGCCAUCAAGGGCUGCAGGAGUGAUGCGAUGCAGCAAAUAGGUCCGUGAUAAAUUGGUGUUUGGGAGUGGAGUGACAAAAGCAUUUUCUUUUUUUAGUAACCCUGCACAGCUGGAUGUGGCUGAAUUAAUACAUUUGUAUUGCAGAGUACCUCUCGUUCCUGUAGGGAAACAGCAUUGCUUCCCCUCUGCCUGGUGUGCUGCAUAACCCAGCUUCUACCGAGGUGCAUCACAAAUCUUUCCCAACGGCAAAGUUCAAAGUAAAUCAUGAGCAGACCUUAGGGCUGUUUUUCAAGCUCAGAUAAGUCGCUUUCUGCCCUUUGCAGGGAGGGGUGCACUGCAUUCUGCUCCACAGGGUCUCGACUUGCUGCUAUGGAGAGGAGUGGCCCGGAGAGGGAGCCAAAACGUCUCAGUUCCUGCAGGAAGCGAGUGGUUGAGACAAAUCCAUGUUGAGUCUGGUGUGAGCACAGGCAGGGAGUGGACAAGGACAUCAGCAUCUGGCAAAUCUUUCUGCUGUGCCAGUGUCGGGCUCACGGCUGGCACUGUUUGACGCUGUGUGCCCACACUGGAAGGUUUGAUGCUCUGUGGGAAUGCAUUUUCAUUGCUGCAGGUGCCAAGAUGAGGUGUUCCCCCCCACACUCCCCAACACACUUGCUCCUUUUGGUCUCGUUUCAACAACUUCUGGCAUCUAUACCAGUAUGGGAAGGUUUAAAACACACUAGGCUUUUAAAGUCUUUUUAUAUAUUGUAUGUAAAUGCUUGUUGAAGUGAUAUUUUAUUAAACAGUUUUGCUCUAA